AUGGCUGCGAUGCUCCCGUCGACGUCCUCGUCCAUCCCCGCUUCUUCCACCCCCAAAAUGGCUUCCCUCUCCGCCCACCGGAGCCCUUUCGUAGGGGUCUCGAGAUUUCCUCUUGCGGCUACGGCGACGGUCCCGAAGUCUUCUUCCUCUCUCUCGGGUUCCUCGGUGCCCAAAUACUCCGCCGUCGUCCGCUCCCAGGCGCAGAAGCAGGAACUGGAUGCUGCGAUUCCCAGGGAACAGCGGUGGAUGUUCGACGAGUCAGAGAUUAAUGGACCUGUGAGCCCCGAAACCCUCCUCCCUCCUUCUCUAUCGACGCACUAUAGCUCUCGGUGACGAACUAGUUUCUCUAAAUUCGCCGAGUACUACAGACAGACCGACCGCUGAGGCAUUUCGCUUCCGCAAAUAGGCACAGUAGUAUCGUGCCGGCUGCAAUGUAUAGGUGAAAGCUGCAGGUCGCGCGGUUUGGAGCUUGCGGGCACAAUUUGAAGUCUCGUGGCGUCGUUCGAUCAAGCCCGAAAGAUACCUAAUCCUCCCCAUGAACGAUUUCCAUGAAUUUGCAAGCACCGUCUCCUUUAUCGCCAUAGCCCAGCCGCAUUCUUACUUCUCCAUAAAGGGGCGGGCCACAUCUCGUGUUGUGGUUUCACCUUGUUGGCUCGGUCAAGGAGGGUUGCUCGUUCAAUAAAAUCAUUGUGUGUGGGGAAGAUGGUGGGCAUCUCACCACCUUCUUGCCGCCUGAAUCGUGAGCACACCAGUAAAAUCUUUGUCUGUGAACAGAUAAAAUAAUCCGGUUUCCUGGGCCUAAACAAGGAGCCGAAUGGGGGGCUAUACUGCAUCAUUGAACACAUUCUGAUCGAUUUAUUUCUUGGCAUUUUAUUUUUUAAAAAUUUUUCCCAUGAAAAUUGAAGAUUGGUAGGCACCAUACGCUUAUUUUUCGUUCCAAUUACCUGCUUCUCGCAUUGCCCUGUGAUCUUUGUGAUAUGCAUACCAAAUGGCGAUUCUGUACUUUGGAUAAAGAAUCCUCUUUUAUGCAGGACAUUUGGAAUAAAACAUGGUACCCGAAAGCUGCAGACCACGUGAACACAGAGAAAACCUGGUAUGUAGUCGAUGCGACUGACAAGAUCCUCGGUAGGCUGGCUUCCACCAUCGCAAUUCAUAUACGAGGAAAGAACCUGGCGACUUACACGCCUAGCGUGGACAUGGGGGCAUAUGUUAUUGUGGUAUGUCGGUCUGGCCUCCUAAAUCUUGAUGUCGUUCUCACAACCUAUCUGCGUUGACAUUUUGAAUGAGGAAAAUGGCUGAGAUAAUUUUAAAAAAUGACAGCAAUGCUACUUUGGGUUGGUUUCGAAAACAUGGAAAAAUCGAUCCUUUCUUUGUGAGAAUCAAUUCAGAAUGUGCUAAUUAUAAGCUAUGGUUCUUGGGAUCCAACUAUAAGAGCUCCGUUCCUAAGAAUAAUUUGUUUUCAUCCAUCAUGUUUGGUGCGGAUUUCACCCUGUGGAGGUGUUGCGAAAGGUCUCAUCUUGUUCAUGGGAAACAACUCUUCACAGUCUCGUCACCUUGUAUUGCCCUGCUCUUUGAAGGUCAACGCCGAGAAGGUGGCAGUCUCUGGUAAAAAGAGGACCCAGAAGCUCUACAGGAGGCAUUCGGGCAGACCCGGAGGCAUGACAGUGGAGACGUUUGACCAACUGCAGAACAGAAUCCCCGAGAGAAUAAUUGAACACGCCGUCCGCGGGAUGCUCCCCAAGGGCAGGGUGAGGCUUCGUAUCUUCUCAGUUCUUAUCUUUGCUUCACUUUUGUCGAUGAAAAACGCCUUUGGAUCGAUUCCUAUGAAUUUGCUGCGCAUUCGAUCCGCGCCCUCUUGUGAGCCAUUUGCUGUUCCUUCACUGUGCAGCUCGGCAGGGAGCUCUUCACCCACCUCAAGGUGUACGAGGGACCAGACCACCCACACGAGGCGCAGCAGCCCAUUCCCCUUCCCAUCAGGGACAAGAGAAUUCAAGUCGAGAAGUAG